AUGCUCUCCCAAGACACGACAUCAUCCACCUACUUUGCCGAUCGGUCCGAGCGCUUCUUCACUCUAGUUCGAAAGCACGAAGAUGCGGUGAUCGAGCAACUUCAGAAGCUGGAGCACCAAAAUAAUGAGCAAAAAGACAACAUGGAAGCAUUACAGGGUGCCGUUGACGCUUGUCAGUGCGGUACUGCCAAAGAUCCAAAUAAGGACGGGUAUAUAGAGUUCCUUCACGGCGAGUUGCAUAGCUUACGGCACGAGCUUCAGGAGGUAUCUGAGCAGCGCGAUGAACGAGCAGAGUAUGACGAGGAUAUUGGCAAGAAGAUUCGAAUAUGUGAACAGCUUUUUCGGGAUGAGCUUUCUGCACAUCAGGAAUCAAGGGAGAAAUUGAGAGAAGUAGAGGACAAAUUAAUUGUCGCGGAAAUCGCGAACGUGGAACCCGUGCAGAUAUCAGGUCAAGUACAUACCGAAGGAUUGGACCAAUGUAUUAAACUGUGUGUUCCUCUGCCGCUAGGGAGGAGUCCGCGGUUUCCUGAUUAUUCUGUAUGCCACCAGAAGGCUCGUGCAGCGAGGUCACCUGCAGCCAUGCUUUGUCGAGUGUUUGCUAUCCCCAUUGAAGCGCAAACAUCAACACUUAUAAUCAUGCCACCCACCCACCACAUCAUUGAUCACGAACAGCCAACACCAACGAAGAUGACGACGUCUCCACGGAGCUCCGGCAAUUCCUUAUCGUACGAAGAUCUGCUGGAGAGGUACCAAGCCCUCGAAGAGCAGUUUACCCAGGUCGACAGCGAGAACACCGAUCUCCGCAACGAAAGUGACGAGUAUCGGAAUACCAUUGGCAACCAAGAAGACGAAAUCGGCAGGCUUCGGGAGCGGUCAGAAACAGAGGUCGUAGAUGCUCUCUUGUUGGUGCAAGAAAAUCUCACAUCGGAGUGUCGCCGCCUUGAGGAUCAAGCGUUAACGCUACAAGCGAUCAACGAAAACCAUGAAGCGAUAAUCCAGCAAUACAAAGAUAUGACAGAGACGUUGACGGGAGCCGCAGAGAAACCGGGUGCGGAAGAGAGAGACCAAACCGACGAUGCAUCAGGCAGUACCGAUUUACAAACUGGAAUUGCGGAGCAAAGACGCGCAAACUUCAACGAGGAUUACGAGAUCGCUCUCAAGAAGCGCAUAGACGUUGAAGCUCUUCAAUCGAACCAGGACGCUCCCCAGAACUUUUCUUCGCGAGAGUCGCAUGAUCUCGACAUGCCCGGUCCUGCUCAUAAUCCAGACUUGGAGGCGGAACAUCAGAGGCAAGCGGUGAAAUUGGCUCGGUGCCAGGCGUUGCUCGAGCGUUCAGAUGAUAAGCUUCAACAUUGUGGUGAGCAGAGGCAGCAGCUUGAGGAUAGGCUUAGGCGCGCCGACGACCAUAUCGAGCACCUUAGGGAGAAGUUUAAAGAUGGUGGAGUGAAGAAUGCGGAGCACGAUUGCGAAGGCGACUGUCAGGAACUGAGUGCGAGGCUGUGUCGGUUGGUUCAGAGUAUCAGUGUGCAUGGCCAAGCUAUAGACGAUGUGAUUGGAGAGGUGAUGGUUGGUGUGGACUGUAGCGAGGUCAGGUAUGGAGAGUCAAGGCCUGGAGACUGUGGCAGUCGCAAUAAGGGCGGAGAUGGCCGUGAAGGCAGGCGAGGAGGUUAG